AUGGCCCUUAGUCACCGCGACCUAGUUUUGGCGGGCGUCGGCGUAUUCAUCGCUUGGGGUCUUGCGGUUCGCUGGCUGCCGAUCCUCCGGUAUCUAGGAUAUGCCGUGGCGCUGGGCGUCGUCCUAUCUUCUGUUAGUAUUUUAGGACUUAUCACAUUGACAAUCCGGCACCAGAAUGACAAAGUCAACGCCAAGAACGUUUCAGUGGCUUUCAUAAGACCCAACCAAUGGCGAAAGGAAGUGCUGAAUGUUCGCCGGAGUACGCGAUACCGGCCCCGACCACUCUAUCCUCAGUCCUUUGUCGUAUCGGAAGGGAUCGACGAACUUCUAUCUUUCGUCACCCGAGACUUUGUUUCUUCAUGGUAUCGCAGUAUCAGUCCGAACCCCAUAUUUGUCAAUGAGGUUGAUCGAACGAUUCGUGUCGCCCUUGAAAACCUCCGGGAUAGGUUAGUUGCGGAGGACAUGGUCUCGCUGAUCGUAUCGCGCAUCUUCCCUAUUGUGACAUCGCACCUCAAGGAAUUUGACAUUGCCGAGCGCUCUGUUCGGGGGCGCAAUCUCAAUCGAAAUGUAACCGAGUCUGGAGAGCUUGAUCUGGCCAUUGCAAAUAAAUACCGUGAUGGUCGCUUACAUCCUGCUGUUGCAACCUCUGUGUCCGAUCAAAAGGCUGUUCAACAGGAGUACCUGCGCAAGCUAGCGGUUGGCCUUUUACCCCAGCUAUUCCCGGAAACUGUGCUAAACAGUCGAAUUGUGUCGGUUCUGAUUCGCGAAAUCAUCUCAUGCGCCGUGCUUGUUCCGAUAGUCACUGCAUUAUCAGACCCAGACACAUGGAACCAAUUAAUGGAAGCAUAUGGCCGUACAGCUUUGCAGGAUCGGAAGACUGUACGCAAACUGCGCGCCGCAUUGGACCAACAUGCGUCACCUACACCUAAAUCCAAGCGUGGGCAACCAUUCCCACGACUGUCAGCAAAUGAUUCAGAGCGAGCCUUCGAGCGCUUUGUGAGGGCAAUCAGGAAAUGUAAUAACCUCUCCGAUGCCCGUCGGUUUCGUGCGCUCGUUUCCAGUCAAUUGAAGCAAGAGAGUGUGGUCGAGGGCCAGGACCAGGUCUAUCUGAAGCGUUUGGAAACCGGAAAACGUGUUCUUGAUCAGAAAGUGGCGAAACUCGCGAAGCCUGGCAAGGACUCCCAUGUACCUCCAGCACUAGACCUUCGACCUGAGAUCCCAUCUAGAACGCAAGAAUCGUCACUGGUUGACGUGAUGCACAGCGCAUCUGGGCUCUCUUAUUUCAUGGAGUUUAUGGACCGCCAAAAGCUGAUGUCGCUUGUUCAGUUCUGGGUUGUUGUAGAUGGAUUCCGCAACCCGCUUGAAGAUGACUUUGGAGAUGAGGCAGUGCCUACUUCAUUAGCAUGGAAGCCAGCAGACCGAAAUGACCUAGCUCUGAUCAGUGAAACCUACCUCUCAAAGCCAGAACUGAAGGUCUCUGAAGAGUCUCGCCGGGCAGUCAAAACAUUUCUGAGUGCAGGGAAGCGUGCCACCCCGGAACAAUACCGAAAAGCGCGAAUGGUGGUUUUAACGACCCAGUCUGCCAUUCUAGAGCAACUCCAAGAUACUUAUUAUCCGAAGUUCAAGGAGUCUGAUCUAUAUUGGAAGUAUCUUGCGUCUGAUGAAACAUCCGCUGCCCAGGCGCCAGUUCGUCAACCCUCCCCCAUAGCAGUCACUUUCGAAGCUCCCGAGAGGCGACCUCUCCCCCCUUUAUUGUCACGAACCAGCUCCCAGCCGGGAUUGAGACCAUCCAAAGACCUUCGACGAGCCGCUGUCUCGUCUGGUGAUGUGCGGGGCAUGGGAAAAUUAUUUGAUGAUGACGAUUCACCACGACGAUCAAUAGAUUCAGAACGAUCUGCUCAUCUUUUUGAUGACGACUACGACACCGACAAUCUCGCCAUGUCCACCCAUAGUUUGGGCAAGGAUUCCCAGAAUGGCGAGAAUGAUGCUAGCCAGAGCCAAAGCCAAGUCCUCAAGACGAUGGAGGCGGCGCUCAAUGAUAUCAUUACCAAUGAGCCGAAAAAUGCAAGAAUCGAAGACCUCAAAGAAGAUGCUGCCGGUCUGUUCGGGCCGGAGCGUCCUGUUCUUUCGUCGCGCAGCUCGUCCGAAAUUCCCCAGGUUGAUAACCGGAAUGAAAGGACUAAGAAAAGCAUCGCAUCGCUUGGUCUGGUGGAUCAUGCGUCCCGACUUGGUGUGUUUGAUGACGACUUAUUUCCGGAUCAACAGAAAUUCAUCGAAGAUGAAUACGAAGAACCAGAUGGCGUGGAUGAAAAAGACUCAGCAGAUGAGGUGCACGAAGCUGCACCGGGUGACUUAGGUCUGACAGAAGCGAUUGAGGCCCUCUCGGUGGAUAUCGACAAGCUUGCGGCCCAGGACGCUGUGGUCCAAGCAUUGACACGUAAAGCCGAACUGACAAACAAUACCGCGGAGUUGAGAAUCCUGCGCAAGUCCAAGGCCAGCAUCCAGCGCGAAAUGCAUCGCAAGGAAAUGCAGCGGCAACAGUACAUUCUCCAGGAAAGCGAUAACAGCUUGUUUGGGCGAUCGACCGUUAGCAUCAAGUCUAUUGCCGUAGGCAAAGAGGAGGAUGAUGGCCGCGAAUUCGCUAUGUACGUCGUGGAGGUCCAAAGAAACGCGGGCGAGCAAAUGCCUGCCGCAUCGUGGGUCGUUGCACGACGAUACAGCGAGUUCCAUGAUCUGCAUCAAAAGCUACGCCAACGCUACCCCUCCGUCCGGCACUUGGAAUUCCCCCGGCGACGCGUCGUUAUGAAGCUACAGAAAGAGUUCCUUCACAAACGGCGACUCGCUCUCGAAGCCUAUUUGCAGAGACUCCUCCUCCUGCCAGAUGUCUGCCGCAGCCGCGAUCUACGUGCAUUCCUCUCCCAGCGUGCCAUCCUGCCCCGCAAGGAAAAUGCCCGUGACAAUGAAGGUGAAACCAAAGACCUUGUCACACGCAUCUACAACUCCGUCGCAGACGGCAUGGAUGACUUCCUCGGCAACUUCGGCGUCCUAGACCAACUAUCUACCGCAGGACAGAACCUCAUAUCAGCCGCCACCCAGCAAGCCAGCAGCACGAUAGUCCCAGAGUCCAGCCUCGCAAGCGAAGACGCCGUCACAGCCGCCGAAGCCGAAGCGGAACUAAACGCCUUCGAAGACCGCGAGCUCGAGCCAUUCAUCAAGCCCAUCUGCGAUCUCUUCCUCGAAGCCUUCGAGCUGAACCGCGGCAACAACUGGCUGCGCGGCCGAGCUGUCGUUGUUGUCUUGCACCAGCUCCUCGGCGGGACAAUAGAGCGCAAGGUCCGCGACGGAGCGCGUGGGCUGGUACAGGAUGACUCGCUUCUCAAAUACCUCGCUCUCGCUCGCGAUACCCUCUGGCCCGGGGGCGUACUCCGAAAAGCACCUCCUCGUUCGGCUGCAGACCGUCUCCAUAGUCGUGCCGAGGCCACUGUGGUCUUGGCUACUCUCAUCCCGGAUCUGGCGGGUAAUGUCGUCGGCCGAGCUAAUGCGCAGGCUGCUGCCCGUCGCAUUUUUGCUACGCUGAAUAAUCAGCAUCUUAAUACCCAUCUCGUCUUGACGAUUCUUGACGAGAUCGUCUUGGUUCUCUUUGGGAGUUCGGGUCGUUCUCGGCUCAAUUGUGCCCAAGGCAAUAAACAGUCCCCUAAAGCCUCCCAGGCUGAGUUUCAACAACUCGUCUCCUCCUUAACCCCAAUGGCCCCUUCCCCAACCCCAGCCCAAUCCCAGGCUCUCUCCAUCCCCGAAAUCUUCGAACUAAUCCUCCUCAACCUGGACACCCGCACCCUCCUGACUAAAGCAACCCGAAUCUGCCACACCUGGUCUCAUUUCAUGAACUCCUCCCCGCGCAUCCAAUGGGCCCUAUUCUUCCGACCCCUCGACAAUGCAUUGAAUAAACCAAAGACCCAGAACCCACUACUAGCAGAAACAUUCCCGUCAAUCUUCAACCAGUCCGAGUGUACCAAUAAAAGGAAUGAUACCGAUACCGAUACUACAAAUGAAAGAGCUACCUCCAAUCUCACAUUCACCACCUUCGACAUGGUCAGGAACCCGCACAAAUGGGACGCAUACAUCAGACGAGAAGCCAGCUGGCGCCGUAUGCUGAUCCAGCAACCGCCCGUGUAUACGCUGUCGCUGCUAAGGAGUAAUGUCGGGCAUGGCGGGCAGUAUUUGUAUAUUUAUGAGGCGUUGGACGACCAAAAGGAACCAGCCGGUGGCCUGCGAAUGGAUAUCGUCUUUGAAGCACUCGUCUUCGCCGACAGGUGGGAUCAAGAUGAAUACUCCGCGACAGAGAUGGUCUGGGGACAGGAAUUUCUCCCAAAACAGGUUCGAGGGGAUUUGGAGCUCUUUGGAGUCCGGGAUGUGGAUUUGGUGUUUUAUACUCGUCUGGGAGAGAUGUUUAGGGGUCUGAGUCAUCGUAACUCGAGUCUGGAAUGUGAUGUUGUGAAGAACAUCAAAGCGGCGUACACUAGGUUGGGGAUGAAGCCGAAGUACUCGGAUGAGGCUUUUUCAAGGGGGCGGAAGUCUUGGGGUUCGCUUUGGGAUUAG